AUGGAGCCAGAGCCCCCGCCCGAGCUGACAGCAAUUCCCCUCGGGGAGAAUAGGAGUGUCCAGCCGGUGCCCGACACAGCCCUGCUGUCCGCGGGGAGAGGUACGGCCGUGUUCAUCAUCCGCUGUGUGAUCCCUUCACUUUACCUGCUGAUCAUCACUGUCGGCUUGCUGGGCAACGUCACCCUCAUGAAGAUCUUCAUUUCCAACAGUGCCAUGAGAAGUGUGCCAAACAUCUUCAUCUCCAGCCUCGCCGCUGGUGAUCUGCUCCUGCUAGUGACCUGUGUGCCUGUGGAUGCCUCCCGGUAUUUCUCUGAAGAGUGGCUCUUCGGGGAAGUUGGCUGCAAGCUCAUCCCUGUCAUCCAGCUGACCUCCGUUGGUGUCUCUGUCUUCACCCUCACUGCCCUCAGUGCUGACAGGUACAAAGCAAUUGUGAAUCCCAUGGACAUCCAGACCUCCAGUGCAGUGCUGUGGACUUGUCUUAAAGCCACUGCCAUCUGGGUAAUCUCCAUGCUCCUAGCAGUUCCUGAAGCAGUGUUCUCCGAACUGGCUCACAUCAAUGACACAGAUAAUGCCACUUUCACAGCCUGCAUACCAUACCCCAUGACAGAUGACAUGCACCCAAAGAUCCAUUCUGUGCUGCUUUUCCUCGUGUAUUUCCUUUUCCCUCUUGUAAUUAUCAGUAUCUACUACUAUCAUAUUGCAAAGAGCUUAAUAAAAAGUGCUCACAACAUCCCUGGGGAACACAGUGAGCAUUCCAAAAGACAGAUGGAAACUCGGAAACGUCUGGCAAAAAUUGUUUUAGUUUUUGUUGGCUUCUUUGCUAUCUGCUGGUUUCCUAACCACGUGCUAUACAUGUACAGAUCUUUUCAUUACAAUAAGAUUGAUCCAUCGAUGGGACAUAUGGUUGUUACCUUAGUGGCCCGAGUGCUAAGCUUCUGCAACUCUUGUGUCAACCCAUUUGCACUGUAUUUUCUCAGUGAGAGUUUUAGAAGACAUUUCAACAACCAGCUUCGCUGCAGGAAGAAAGCUCAGAAAGAGAGAUCUGCCAGCUACUUGUGCAACACUUCUGCCAUUCAAAUGACUUCCCUGAAAAGCAAUACCAGGAACACAGUAACUACCAUGACACAACUGAAUGGGCACAACUUGAAACAAGAAAUGUCAUUAUGA